AUGGUGCACAAGAGCAAUGUUAGUGACACGGGAAGCCGAUACUCUUACCUUUGGUGGUUUGGCGUGGCGAUAACCUUGUGCGUUGCGAUCUCCUUAGUCGAAGGUGCUCCUGAUCGUUCGGAGUUUUCCCGGUCCCUCGAUGCGCUUCGUGUGCGUGGCAACCAGUUUGUCCGGGGAAUCCCUUGUGAGGUCGCCUGCGAGUUCUGCGGAUGCGAGGCAAGCCGUAUCGGUGACAAGUGUGUCUGCUUCUGUCCGGGGGACACCAAACAAAGUACCGACUGCCUAACGGCGGUUCGAAAGGACGAACUCAGCAGUGGAAUCGAUAACGAUAUUCUCAUCCUGACGCGCUCCGGAGCACGAUUUGCGCGGGAGCUUCGGCAAUCGACAGUUUUACGCUCUAGGAUGGGUCGGGGAGCAGCCGUUUCGUGGAAAAGUGAAAAAAGUGCUCGUAAAGGAUAUGUUGGAAACGUUCAAAUAUAUGCUGACCGGUAG